AUGGCUUCAGGUGACGCAAAGUGCGAGAAAGUUGACCUACCGCACCACCUCGAGGAUGUCGAAACGAACACCUCCGAUGAACAUGUAGACGUACCUGAGUUCGACGCUAAGGAGACCCGGCGAAUUCUCCGCAAGGUCGACUAUCGGCUGCUGCCCAUGUUGACUCUUCUGUAUGUUCUGUCUUUCAUUGACAGGAGCAACAUCGGAAACGCAAAGGUAGCGGGGAUGAACAAAGACCUCGGUCUGACGGGCUCUCAGUACAACAUCGCCCUGACCGUCUUCUUCUUCCCCUACGCUUUAUUUGAAGUCCCCAGCAAUGUCGUUCUGAAGCUUGUAAAGCCAUCGAUUUGGAUCGCAUCCAUGAUGAUCGCGUGGGGCACAGUCAUGACCCUCAUGGGCAUCGUCCAAAGCUACGGCGGCCUCGUCGGCGCCCGCGUCGCACUCGGCUUCGCCGAAACCGGCUUCUUCCCCGCCAGCACGUACCUCCUCACGACCUGGUACAAGCGCUUCGAGCUGCAAACGCGGAUGGCCGUCUUCUUCAGCGCGGCGUCGCUCGCCGGCGCCUUCUCCGGCCUCCUCGCCUUCGCCAUCCAGAACAUGGACGGCGUGGCGGGGCUGGGCGGAUGGCGCUGGAUCUUCAUUCUUGAAGGCAUUGCUACUGUCGUUAUUGGCGUAUCAUGUCUCAAACUGCUGCCAAACAGCCCCGAAACCGCGUCGUUCCUGAAGCCCGAGGAGCGCCGCUUCCUCGUGCGGCGGCUGCAGGCGGACUCAGGCACCAAAACAGGCCACGUCGAGACGGAGGACCUGUUCCACUGGCCGACGAUACGGGCGGCGCUGGUGGAGUGGAAGAUCUGGUUCGCCAUCAUCAUCUACUGGGGCAACUCCAUCUCCCUCUACGGCUUCACCUACUCCGCCCCCAGCGUCAUCCUCGGCCUCGGCUACUCCGCCGCCAACGCCCAACUCCUGACCAUCCCCAUCUACGUCCUCGGCGUCAUCUCGACCAUCGCCGUUUCGUAUUACGCCGACAAGCACCAAACGCGCUGGCCCUUCAUCGUCGCGCCCUUCUGCCUCGCCGCCGCCGGCUUCCUCGGCUUGCUCUGCAUCCCGCACCCGCGGCUGCCCGGGCUGACCUACGCGUUUCUGUUCUGCAUCCCCGCCGGCGUGUACCCGCCGCUGAUAGGCGUGUUGUCGUGGAUUGGGAAUAAUUUGGCGCCGUCGUGGAAGCGCGCGGUGGGGAUGGCGCUGCUGAUUUCGAUGGGGAACUUGGGGGGUGCGAUUGGGAGUAAUGUGUAUCUCGAGGCGCAGGCGCCGCAUUAUUGGUUGGGGUUUGGGUUUGGGUUGGGGAUAUCGUUGGCGGCGAUUGCGGCGACGGUGGUUCUGAAAGUUGCGUUUGAGAGGUUGAAUGCUGAGAAGGAGAAGAUGGGGAGCGAGGAGGAGGUGCGGGCGAGGUUUACGGAGGAGCAGUUGAGGAGGAUGGGGGAUAAGAGGAUCAUUGCCAUGAGUCUUUGCAUUGUCUGA